AACGUUAUGAUUCAAGUAUUCGACCGUUGCAACAUCCAUCACCCCACUAAAACUUGAAACAUCUACUUAACCAUAUAUUAAGCUGUUCUCCUUCAUCAAAUUAUUUCUGUCGAUAGAUCGAUUUUUUUUCUCUCUUCUAUCUACAAUGGCAAAUCCAUCCGAAGCUUCACAACCCCUACAAGAAUUAAACCAAUCAAUAGUUGGCUGCAAAACGCCUCCUCUUCCAAAUCAUCAAAAAUUGGAAGAAAUUCAAAAUUCUGCUAAUCAUAUUCAUGAUAACUGCAAGUGCAAAGUUUCAGCAGGAUUAGGCACUCCAGACCGCCUUAAACUCCCUAAACCAUUCAAAUUUCCAGAGAGGUAUACCAGUCCAACAGACCAUAUGAUAUCUCCAAUAUCUAAGGGUCUUCUUGCUCGAAGCAGGAGGAGCGCUCUCUUGCCACCCUCCAUAAUCCAGUCCAAGAUUCAUGAACUACGAUGUGCAAACGUGGAGCAAAAUAAGCUGCACGUCGAACAAUGAAUUUGAUAUAAGACCUCAGCAGCUCCUAUUUUUGCUCAAUUACAUAUACAUGGGUGUUAAAAGUGGCCCGUGAUCAAUCUGUUGAUGUAGCUGUUAUCUCCAUGAAGCUCUCCCAUUAAGUCCACGUACAAUCAGCCAUCACUCCGUAAGUUCAAUGUGGAUUUACUGAAUGGCCAUUCAGUUUCCAAUCUCCCUAGAAUCUAGGAUUUGCAGCCUGAUUUUCCGUUUCCUUUUUUCAGAGCCCGGUUUGUUAUUGCAUUACUUCAGCAAUUUAAUUCUGACAACCUGUAGAACAACAACAAACAAGUACUCUAACUAAUAUCAUGGAACUUAUUUUUAUUCAAAAGAAUAUUAUAUGUUAUUAGGUUAAUUCAAAGCAAUUCAUAACAUUAAGAUAAUUAAUUUAAAUAACUUGACUAGGUUAAACUCAUAACCAAUUCUCCACAAGUUAUAAUUAAAUUAAUUAUUAACAAAAGAAUAUAAAUUAAUUUAUAUGCAAAGAUUAAAACAUUAAGAUAAUCUAAGUCUACAAAUAAAUCCUAAUUAAGAUAAUUAAUUCUAGACUCAAUAAUAUAUUAUUUGUCGUCAUUAAAACAGUGAAUACGACAAUAUUUUCCCUUUUUUAUGAUGGUAAAUAAUUGGCAAAAAAGUUAAAGAAAAUAAUGAAAGAAAGAAAUAUGAAAUUUAUAAAAAAAAAAUAAAAAGAAAAUAAUGAAAGAAGAAAAGAAAACUAAGACUCUUAACUAAGACUCUAAGACUAAGACUCUAAACUGUGACUAGGGACAGAGACACGAUUAUUAUGAAAGGCAACAGAUAUUAGCCAUCCAAACAUUCCAAGAGUAAGAAAAGCAGGAACAGGCAUAAUAAAUAUAUUAGUAAUAGAGUUUAAAUGGUUAAAAGAUAAGAAGAAUAAAUUUGAUAAAAGAGGAUCAUAGAUUGUUUAGAAUCUCUUGUGAUACCACAAGAUAAAGCAAAAUAUAUGGAGAUGUAAUUGUUCAAAAAUUUAUACAAGCCCAAAAUAAAAUGAAAUAUUAUAGUCUUAAUUAAGAGGGACUGGGAUCAGGGAAGUUCAUGGAUUGGAAAGGAGGCAGCAACAAAAUCGAUUUUGGUGCAGAUGUUGGAGGCUCCCUUGUUGAUAGCUUGGAGAAGCUGAUCAUGUUGAACAUCUUGAUGAGCAAUCCGAGCCUCUAAGUUUUGCACCCUUGUUCCCAGCAGUGCAAUGGAAGAUUGAAUCUCCUUCAACAGUCCAUGAAGACCAGCAAUGGAUAAAAGAGGAAAAUCAAUAGCUUGAGAAGCUACUCCUUGAGGAAUUGGAUCCUCAUCCAGGUCAAUCAUAAUGUCACUAACCUGGUUCCUCCUGGACUCUACCAGUCUCUGACUCUUCCCGAUCGAUUGCUUGACCCCAGAACCUAGUUCCUCUUCUCUCUCCAUCAUUCCAGCAGUUUCAACAUCCUUCUCUAUCUUCACAUCAUUAAAUUAACAGCUUGAGAAGCUGCUCCUUGAGGAACUGGAUCCUCAUCAGUGGCAGAGCCAGGAUUCUCAAAGUGGGGGGACAAAAUUAGACCGUCAAGUAUUCGGAAAAAAUAUUAGAAAAAAAAACAAUACAACACAAAUGGUUUAAUACUAAAUGUUU